ACUUCAGUCCAGCAUCUUGUUGUUUUCCUCCUCGGAGCAGAAACUCUGCAGCUUCACAGUUUUUCCUGAAACUUGACAAACUUUAUUUUUCGGAGCAGAUCUCAGAACAGCCAUGAGUCACGUCGACGUGAAAAACAUGAAGCCCACCAGCUUUGAGGACGAAUACUACGACCAGUACGAGUUCUACAACCUGACCGAUAAAUACGCAGAGGGCUCGGCCCGGAAAGGCAGGACGAAGAAGGAGGCCAGUGAGAACACCAACAGACCGAACCCGUCCGGACACGAGCGCAAGAUAGUGGAGAAAUUCCAAAACAGCGAGAAGAAAGCCAAGGAGUGACUUCUGAGGGCGACUCGGACGGCUUAUCCUGGAAACCGACCACGGCCUCCUUGGCGACUGAAGAGACGUACAGACGGCAGGAGCCUGCUGAGCUCCGAGGAUUCACCUGGGCGAGGAGAGGAGCCCACAGCUGACCGGCAGCUCCCUGAGGCUCCUCCACCUGUUGGUGUUGAACAGCACUCACCUGUGGUGGCGCACCUGCUCCCGCUCAGACCGGGAUGGUGCACAUGUGAUUGUGGUGGUGGGAGACGGCUGAUUUUUGAUCUGUUGACAAGUUUAUAAUGGAUUUUUUUUUUUUUUU